GGCUCCUGCAAAUUCCUCCCACCGUCGCCCCUUGGCGCCAAGCGUCUCGAUCAGCGCAAAUCCACUUUCGUGGGCAAUCUUUGGCUCCCGAUUUGCUAAGUUUGAGAGUAGACAUGCAGUCUUCUAUAGUGAGCUGUGGAGAGUCUGUGGAAGGUACAUCCUUUCUCGACUUGGUAUCUUCGUCCGACUACUCAGUAUGCUACUAUUCAUUUCUGGCCAAGGCUCUAAGUACCUGUGAUGCCAGAUGUAUUUGCAUGCACACCCGGCAUUUUCCUUUCCCAGAUGAUGGCCACAGAGAACCCUAGAGUAAUGAUCUACAGUGACAAGAUGAGAAAGCCCAUCGGUAACGAGAGUGCCUAAACACUUAUCCAAUGCUUGUGAGUUAGGGGUUGGACCUGUCUAGGCGUUGAGGGGAAGAUAUAAAGACUCCUGUUAUUUCCUUCAAUGAAGACCAACAACGCUGGAAAGCCAGAGGCAAUCGCUUUUCUUAGUUGAAUUUUACCAUUCUCUAUCUUUCUACCAUGCAGCUCAAGAACGCAAUUCAUCUCACUGUCUUUGGAAGCGCCAUCCUAGCCCUUGCUCACCCCGGGCAUCACGAGGAGCGCGACUCAGCACCUGUGAGGGCAUACAAGAGAGACGUCGGGCAUGGACUGGCGAAUUGUGCCCGCCAGCUAGAAGCCAGUGGUCUUCAAGCUCGUUCUGAAGCGCGCCGUAUGGCAACAGUCCAGUUGCACCGCCGACAGUUGAUCACCCGCGACACCGAUGCCGUGCUGAACAAAUCACAUCAGGCAACCCAUCCCGUGUCGCCGUCGAUGCCUCCUACUGAAAUCUUCAAGGACACAACUCAAAAGGCUUGCAUUCUCGGCCCAACUGCCGAGGGCGAAACCGGUCCAUACUGGAUCCCGGGCGAGCGAGUUCGGUCUGAGAUUCGCGAAGGGCAGCCCGGAGUCCCGGUUAUUCUCGAACAGCAGUAUAUUGACGUCGAAACGUGCAAGCCUAUCCCGCGCCUCUAUGCUGAACUCUGGGGCUGCAAUGCCACUGGAGUUUACUCUGGCCUAGUUGCAGACGGUAAUGGCAACUCCAAUGACCUGAGCAAUCGGAACCGCACAUUUCUUCGUGGCAUUCAGGAAACUGACAUAGACGGUGUUGUCACCUUCGAUACUCUCUUCCCGGGCCACUAUGAUGGACGCACUACGCAUUACCAUAACAUUGCCCAUUUUGGUGCGAAACGUCUGCCAAACAACACCAUUGCCGGUGGGACAGUAGGACAUGUCGCUCAAAUAUUCUGGGACCAGGACCUCAUCGACCAAGUCGAAUCAACCUAUCCGUACAGUACCAACAACAUUCCCAUCACACUUAACUCGGUGGAUCGGGUCGUCAGCCAGGAGACGGAGAACAGUAACUCUGACCCCAUGCUCAACUACGCAUUCCUUGGAGACAACAUCGAAGAUGGAGUCUUUGCCUGGAUCACCGUGGCUGUCAACCUCUCGGCCGUGCACUAUCCAUACUACACCAAUGUUUACACGGCCGAAGGAGCAGUGGAAGUGGAAGGCACUUCGGAUGGAGACCCCAGGGCGGUUGAUGGCGGCCUUCCUCAGAGCUCUGCGGCAUAGGUUUAUGUGUCACAGGGCGGCACAUGCUCCAGUAUAUAGUCGCUCCUUAUUAUAAUGCAAGGAUUUAAAGUUGAUUAAACAUGAAGUCAAGCCUGCCUUCGUAAUCGUAUACUUUACCGCAUUCUGGAAAACCG